AUGCCGCUCAAGCCAAUAAUGGUGGAAGAACCCUUUGCUCAAUGGGGUCUAGAUUUCAUAGGGAUGAUUAAUCUGCCUAGCUUAGUUGGAAACAAGUUGAUCCUUACUGCCACUGACUACUUCACAAAAUGGUCCGAGGUUGUACCCCUUAGGAAUUCAUCAGAAACAAAAAUACUAGCAUUUUUGGAGGAGCUAGUAUGCUGGUAUGGUCUGCCAAAGACCAUAAUAUUGAAUAAUGCAUGUGCAUUCACGGGCUCCUGUGUAACUCAAUUUGAUCUCCACCAGGGCAUAUAUCUGAAGACUUCCUCGAAUUAUUACCCUCAAGAAAAUGGCCUAGCUGAAUCUACCAAUAAGAACCUGAUAAGACUCAUUAAGAGAAUGGGGUCUAAACACAAAAGGGAGUGGCAUCACCUCUUGAGAAAUGCGUUAUGGGUGGACCAUAUCAUGCCUAAGAAGAUUUUAAAGAACACUGCAUACAAGCUGGUCUACGACAAAGAUGCCUUAUUCCCUGUGUCUUUGGAGAUCCCUGCUUUGCAGCUCCUCAAGUCCAUUGAGGUGGCCAAAAAUGAGCCCAUGGAGGUAAGGUUGGUAGAGCUUAUGGAGCUAGAAGAAGAAAGGUGGAUGACAUCUGAGUCUCUUCAGAACCAUCAAUAG